AUGUCUGACUGGAGCGUUGAUCCCGACAACCGGCGCAAGCUGCUGGCCCUGCAGAAACAGGGCGACAACAAGAAGUGUUUCGACUGCAAGGCUCCGAACCCGCAGUGGGCGUCGCCCAAGUUCGGCAUCUUCAUCUGUCUGGAGUGCGCAGGCGUCCACCGUGGUCUGGGGGUGCACAUUUCGUUUGUGAGGUCCAUCACGAUGGACCAGUUCAAGCCAGAGGAGCUCAGCCGCAUGGAGAAGGGCGGCAAUGCUGCGUGCGCACAGUACUUCGAGUCGCACGGCCUGGACCUGUCGCUGCCUGCGCAGCAGAAAUACAACAACUACGUGGCCGAGGACUACAAGAGCAGACUCACGAGCAUCAUCGAGGGCAGGGACUUUGUCGAGCCUGACCACAGCGGCGAGACGCUGCCCUCCAAAAACGCGCCAUCCUCCGACUCCAGGAACUCUGCAUUGCCUAACAAGGAGCACAACGAGGCCUACUUUGCCAAGCUGGGCCAGGCCAACGACACGCGUCCUACAGACCUGCCUCCGUCGCAGGGCGGCAAAUACCAGGGCUUUGGUUCCACGCCUGCGCCGGCUGCGCAGCGCGGCUCCAGUCUGUCCGGCUUCACGUUCGACGCCCUGCAGAAAGACCCGCUGGGAACAUUUUCCAAGGGCUGGGGCCUGUUCAGCACGACGGUGGCCAAGUCGGUGAAGGAGGUCAACGACACAGUGAUCCAGCCCAGCGUGAAACAGCUUGCGGAACAGGACUACGCACUGCAGGCCAAAAGGGCCAUGGAGCAGUUCGGACAGAAGGUCCAGGAGACCGGACUGACGCUACAGCAGCAGCUGGAGGGCCAGAGGGCCGAGGGAGGCAAGUACGGAAAGCUGUUUGACGGUCUGGGAGAGGACGACGACAAGCCUGCUCCCGCUUUUGGUCUGGCCAGACCCAAGGAGAGGACCAAGCUGGAUGGCAUGGGCAACAGUGAUCCGUAG